GGAGACAGGAAGGGGCGGGGCGCCAGCGGCUGACAGGCAGCGCCGCACCGGAGGCAGCGGCUGCACCGCAGAGGGGACGCAGCCACAGCUCAGUGCCCCCACCCUCGCCGUCCCGGCCAUCGGUCCGGGUCCGCGGGGCCUGCGGCGACCCUCGGCACCAAGCACCGGGCGAGCGGCGACACCGGGGCCAUGGCCAUAGCCACCGUGGCGGCUCCGUCUGCCUGGGCCCUCGGGGUCUCGAGCCCGGCCGCCGCCCCCAGCUCCUACGGGGUGUUCUGCAAAGGGCUCUCCCGCACGCUGCUCGCCUUCUUCGAGCUGGCCUGGCAGCUGCGCUCGAAUUUCCCGUACUUCUACGUCGCGGGCUCCGUCAUCCUCAACAUCCGCUUGCAGGUACAUUUCUAGAGUCGCGAUUACGCUAACGGUCUCCGGACCGGCACCAUGGCGGACUCCCAGGAGGCCCCGCGACGGAGCGGAGCGGAGCUGCGGACGCGGCCUCCUGGGUCUCGCGAGAAUGGCCGGUCGCCCGGCGCUGCUGCACUCGCCGCCGCCGUCCGCCGAGCUCCCGGACGGGCUCGGGAGUCCUGCCGGGACCGGAGAGGAUAGACGGGAUGUCCAGUAACAGGGGAGAAUUUAAUCACGGCCCACGACAAGAUCUAAGAAGCUGUGCGCCCUUAAAACAAAAUCAGGACGAACAGGAUGCGUAUUAUCAACAACAGAAGGCGACUGAAUUUUUCAGGAAACCAAUGUAACAUACAAGUUCAUGGCUCAAAUUAAGAUUUUAAAAAAUCACCCAUUUCGGGAAUUUGGGGUUGACUUGUAAGCAAGAGAUUGAAUGAGUGAAGAAGCUGGAGAUCUUAAGGAUAUGACGUGGAAGGCAUGUAUUUCUUCAUUCCCCCAAGAGAAAAUGACAGUCAAUUUUCAGUGAGAUUAAAAAGAACUGUACAGGAAAAGCAUCCUUCCGAUGUCAGACAGUGUGAAACGCUGCCGGAUCUUGAGCAGAGGGUUGGAGUGUAAGACUGUGGACUCUGUUUCGGCGUCCCUGUGAGUGGCCCGGUUCCAGACCUUGGCGCCAAAGAAAAGGAAACCCAGUUCAGCAGAAAGCCUGGCUAUUUAAUGAAUAACAUUUAAAUAAUCAGAAUAAUUUAUGCGAAUGCUGUCUAUCGUCUUUUUCUUUUAAGAGGAUACUUAAUUAUGGUGACAAAGUAGAAUACAAGUGUGGUCACCCGUGAUCAUGUAACAGCACUGUUUUCGGGGGGCGGGGGGAGGGUGUUGAAGGGAGGAGAGGAAGGGAAAUGGAGUGGCAAUGGGGUCUUUAUGUAAAGUGGGAAGUUGAAAGAUACAGUCCUGCUCACGAGGAAAGAAGACAUUUUUUGAGAGGGUGGCCAUAAGGUUGCUAAAAUAGCAUUGGAACUAUUAAACAGGGAGGAGAGUAGAAGAGAACAGCAGUAAGUCAAUGAAUGCUUAAUGACGAGUGUCAGGUGGCAAAUCUCCAAAGAAAAACUGAAUACCUGGUAUGUUGGAAUAUAGAGUUGAGAUUUUGAGUGUUUCAGAGAGUCUGGAGAUGAAUUAGUGGUCUGCAUGAAUACCUGGUAUGUUGGAAUAUAGAGUUGAGAUUUUGAGUGUUUCAGAGAGUCUGGAGAUGAAUUAGUGGUCUGCAUGAAUACCUGGUAUGUUGGAAUAUAGAGUUGAGAUUUUGAGUGUUUCAGAGAGUCUGGAGAUGAAUUAGUGGUCUGCAGAUGUUUAUUUUUAUUGUUUUUAAUAAGAAAACAAAGCUGAGGCAAUUAUGAACCCAGGAAAAAUAAAAGCUUGUUCAGGAACUAUGCUGCAUACCUCAGCUGUGAAUAACACUCGUCAUAAAGUCAGUCAUAAUUAUGUUAGCACUGAAUAUGGAUAGAACAUGAUUAUGUAACAUGGGAGGGAUGGAGAGGAGAGGUGUGUGUAAUGGGGAAGAAUCAGUGAAUAAAAAAGCAAUAUUGGA